GUUUGACUGGAUGAGUGGUAUAUAAAAUGACGGCCUGUGUGGAAUUUCUCCUGUUCUUGUCGACCUUUUCCCCCCUCCGAAGUUUGCGAUAAUAAGCGAGUCUUAUCUUCACGAAAGACCGCCUCUUGAUCUUCUUGUUUUCUAUCUAUCUUACGCCACGAACUUGCAUGACGACUUACUCUACUCGAUCAUGCGUGUCUGGCACAGCGAUCGUUUCUCAAUGGCUUUUGCGGGCGUGUUUUGGUGCAUCUGUUUGUGAUUUUAAUGUCUCCAGGGGAGACCCCAUUGUGAGGGAGGGAGGGGUGGGCCGGGAGACGCAAAUGUGUGGGGAAAUACCAAAGGUGCGGAAGCGGUGGGGCUGCCAAUGGAAGGAAUUUGCGCCUUGAUUGUGCAUGCUCGAGCAGUAAGAU